CUCCUCGGCUCGGAACGCGCCGGGGCAGCGGCGGUCUCCUCAUUCAUGAGUGUGGCGAAGCAGCCGGCGCAGCGUCCCAGCCCCGGCCGAGUCUACGCGCUAAGCCCCGGCCGAGUCUACGCGGCGCCCAUGGCGGAGGUGCGGGAGAUGGACUGCAGCGUGCUCCAGCGCCUGCUGCCCCUGCGGGACGACUGCGGCGCGGCCGGGGGUGGCGGCGGCAAGUGCCUCCUCCUGGACUGCAGGCCUUUCCUGGCUCACAGCGCCGGCUACAUCCGCGGGGCGCUCAACGUGCGCUGCAACACCAUCGUCCGGCGGCGGGCCAAGGGCUCGGUCAGCCUGGAGCAGAUCCUGCCGGCCGAGGACGAGGUGCGCGCCCGCCUCCGCUCCGGCCUCUACGCCGCCGUGGUGGUGUACGACGAGCGGAGCGCCCGGGCGGAAGGCCUGCGGGAGGACAGCACCGUGGCGCUGGUGGUGCGGGCGCUGCGCCGGGAUGCCGAGCACGCCGACAUCUGCCUGCUGAAAGGUGGCUACGAGAGGUUUCAUUCAGAGUAUCCAGAAUUCUGCGCAAAGACCAAAUUUCCCGUGACGGCAUCUCCUCUGGCCUCUGUGGAUGUUCUUGAGCACAGCUGCAGCUCCUGUGGAACCCCCCAGCACGAUCAGGGUGGCCCGGUAGAAAUCCUUCCUUUCCUGUACCUCGGCAGUGCGCAUCACGCUGCGAGAAGAGACAUGCUGGAUGCUUUGGGGAUCACAGCUUUGUUGAACGUUUCGUCAGACUGCCCGAACCACUUUGAAGGACACUUCCAGUACAAAUGCAUUCCGGUGGAAGACAACCACAAAACGGACAUCAGUUCCUGGUUCAUGGAAGCCAUCGGAUACAUAGACUCCGUGAAAGCGUGUCAUGGCCGGGUCCUCGUGCACUGUCAAGCGGGCAUCUCCCGCUCCGCCACCAUCUGCCUGGCCUACCUGAUCAUGAAGAAGCGCGUGAAGCUGGAGGAGGCCUUUGAGUUUGUCAAGCAGCGCCGGAGCAUCAUCUCGCCCAACUUCAGCUUCAUGGGACAGCUGCUCCAGUUCGAGUCCCAGGUGCUGGCGACGUCGUGUGCUGCCGAGGUUGCCAGCCCCACGGGGACGCUACGGGAGCGGGGGAAUACCGCCUCCACCCCCACGUCCCAGUUCGUCUUCAGCUUCCCGGUGUCCGUGGCAGUGCAUUCCACCCCCAGCAACCUCCCGUUCCUGCAUAGCCCCAUCACCACCUCCCCCACUUGCUAGACGGGGGGCCGCCACAGGUUGCGCCCCGAUGCCGAACAAUGUCUCACGGCCUCCUGGUGGCCGACAGAUUAAACUGCAAUAAAGUACUCUGCCCAAACCCAACAGCCAGUUGGAAUCCAUCCAAAGAGGGCGCAAUAAGGGCGGAGGCUGCUGCUGGAACAGAAACUUAGGGAGGUGGGGCGGGAGGAAGUUCUAGUGUAUCCUUGGCUGGGA